AUGAAUGACGUCGCAAAGUUCCCAGAAGAGUUAAAAUUUCUUGACUUGAUGGCGUGCAUUCGAGGAGAUAGGAAUCACUUGGGAUCAAACAGCAUUCGUACUGGACCUUACUUAAUACGAUACUCGACUUUCCUGAACCAUCUGCAAAGAAUUGCCGUUCAUUGUGGCCUUCAGUUGUCUUCAGGUUCCUGUGUUGGUGGGGGAAAUUCUGCCGGUUCAUUGGUAUGGCGACUCACAUCUGAGUGUUUUGCAGUGGUAGUGGCUGCUACGAAUAACUCUACAUGUGGUUCUGACUCAGCAUACAGCACUUCUCCCAAACUCACAGAUCUUAUUUCGAUCGCGGCAGUUUAUUUUGAGUUCAAUCAUGACAAAGCUGUGCCCUGUCCGGAAUUGGCAACGGAUCUUAGCAUGGGAAGGUACAGUUCACUGCUUCAACAUGUAGAUAAUCUGCUAACAAUAUAUGCAGUUCCGGGCGACAAGAUUGAUCGCGCUCGAACUUAUUUGUGUUUACAAGCUCUUGAAAAGGAUUUGAGUAUGUUAACUCAAGCAAUAAGAACUGACUUGGAAAAUAAUAUGGACGCUAUAAAUACAUUCAGGCGGGCUCCGAACCAAAAACAUGAUGUAUUCAGUAUGCGUGACCUGGUAAAUCGUUCACUUGUUGGGCAUUUCGUUGGACGUACAGGAGGUCGAUUGGCUCGUCUUACUUAUUUAGUAACAUCAGCACAAGCUAUGAUAAGUAAUGCAGCUGGUGUCUUGAAAAAUGAUAUGCAAAUGAAUCCAAAGAAACCAUGUUCUACUAGCGUUGGUUGUGGAUCACCUGACGGUUUAAUUGGUGGAUAUAUGGCGCGUAUAGGACUUUGUCCCAGAUUAUCAUAUGCUGGAGAUACUUCUACUGCAUCUCACUCCACAGUUCAGCGAUUACCAUUCAUGCCACUGGUUACAUUGCAAAAAGAUGCUUACGGUGUGAGUGUUCCUCAUUUCGCCCAACCGGAUGAAAUAAAGUGCAUUUCAAUUGAAGCAGAGUUUGUGUUACACCUAGAUCCCGCCUUGCCGAUUUCAACAGAUGCAAUUCAACAACUUGAACAAAUAACUGGUUUGAGUAAUACAGAAAUCGCAGACCGUAAAGAGGAAGAUAUUAUGGUGUUGAUUCUUCGGCAGCACAAACAGGAAUAUUUGCGCGGGAUAAAUACUCAUUUACAAAACCCGAACCUUACGCAUCAUUCUUAUCAGAUCCAAAGUGAUGUUAAAGGUUAUCUUGUCAGCUCUGUACCUUUUACUUGUUCGAAUCAAAUUGGCGAAAUUAUUUCUAUACUCCGUAAACAAGCCUCAGCUUUAGCAUUUUACGAAACAUUCAUUGUUCACCCUUACAAGCCGGUAGAGAAAGAUUCUGAUCUGACGUUUUCAUUCAAUAUAAAAAUCAUGGCUGGUCAGAUGGUUUCAGUAGAAUUCGAUGAUCCUAAUUGUCUUGGAGAAGUUCAUGCUUUAUUGCAUGUUCGGCCGUUCGACGUUCAAUGUGUAGAAUUGCACUUCCCCUCAAAUAAAUGUAAUCAAGUAGGUGCAAGUAAUAGUGAAGAAGAAAGAUCAUUGUCACCUAACAGAUUAUGUGUGGAAACUGACAAAUCUCUAAUGGAUAACUUCAGCAAAAUUCUGACGAAGACUCACACACUACCGAUCGGAUUAGUUUGGUUAUUGACUCGACUGCAAUGCCCUAUUCAUAAACAACUAGAAAAUGCGAAGUUACCUUUAAUUAAUACAAGCAAAAGUAAUGAAAAUAGUCAAAUUUCAUCAUUAAUCAGUCAAAAACAACUGAAUUCAUUAAAAACAAUGAUUAAUCGUGUUAAAAACUCUAUCGUAAUUCGAGGUACCACUGGUACUGAUGGUAUACUUUGUGGUGGGCAUCUUAAAACAUCAGUGGAUUUCGAGUCUUCAUCGCUUACUGCAGCACCGAUAUUCACUUUGAAUACAUCGAAUUAUUUGAAUGGUUCUAAGAAAAUUCCUCCUUUGCCCCCAGGUGUCAUGGCUACACCACCUCCAGCUUUUACUCAUUUGGAUACGAAUUCAGGUGACCUUGGGAUUAUUUCCUCAUUGCGGCCUAUGAAUUCUCAGAACAAAUUUCGUGAUACACAUUCUAAUACCAUAUCAGCAGGCAUUUCAACAAAUCCUUCCCGUGGAUUAAGAUUAGAUGACUUACUGGUUGAUAGUACGUUCCAGUCGCAACCACAUGAUCAACAACGUAAUCUACCAGUUGUCUCAUUUCCCCACUCAUUGCCAACUUAUGCAUCAACUAUUCCGGGAACCCAUAGCACUAUUUUACCUGAUGUUAAAGAUACAUAUUCAAGCAUUAUUAAUUCAAACAUUUCUGUUUCAAAUCAUUCAAUAUCUGGUAUGCAUUCUACAUCACAAAAGUGUUCAACAUCUAUUCUAACUGGGUCGAAUAAUAAUAUGAUUCCUAGCUCGUACAGUAUACCUUCUAUUUCUGUUACCUCUUCCAUUUCAAUGACGUCCAGUUCGCUAUCUGUAACAAAAUCAAAGAGUUUCACGGCCUCUCCGGUCAUCGAUAGUUCAAGAACUUCUUCAACCAGUGGAUCUAUGCUUGUCAAUCUCUUAAACGAAGAUUCACUUCCCAAUUCUACCCCUUUGAUUUCUCCAUCCACUAUGUCGGAUCGUCACCUUUAUACGUCUAGUCAUUCCCUAAUAAAUCUUCAGAAUGUACCUCUGACUUCAUCUGCAAAUACAAAUGUUCCUAGUAGUCGACUCUCUGGUUUGAUGUUACCCAGUAAUGCACCAGCUGUCAGUUCAGAUGCACAGUUAUCUCAGGGAUUUGGAAAGUCUUUGAGUUCAUCUGCACCGAAUCUCACAGCAAAUAGCUCUCAGUACCUCCCUGUUCGUCACUCCAAUCCAAUCACAUUGAAUUCUAGCCGUACUAAACACUCAAACAUAAAGCACGGGCAAACUGGUUUGACUUCUGACCCUGCGACAAAUGCUAAAAAACCUCGGAAAAGACGUCGAGGCACAGUAGAAAGUGGUUUCAAUUGCGUGAGCAAUCAAAAAGUUAAUACUCCUCCGGGCGUAUAUCCCAACUAUCCGACUUCAAAGCUUCAACGUGUCGAUACUACGUCACCUAGUACUACUAAUUCAGUAACUGGAUCUUAUCAACGUGCUAACUUUAAUCAGACAAAUCCAAAUUUUGUUCCGUGUUCAGUGUCAUAUGUCCAACAGAGUACAAUGUCGUCUACUAUACAGACUUCCAGUAUGCCUAUUUCUAAUCCUAGUAAAUCAGUAUAUGACUUUGACGAUACUCCUGGUUCAAUGUUUGAUGUUCCGGUUGGAAAUAUAUCAUCUUCCAAUUCCUUGUCGUUUUCAAGCGGGUCCUCAUUGACAAGUCCUAAAUCGAGUGUAUCUGCGAACCCACUUCAGUUGAGUGGUUUGACAGUUAGCAGUUCUAACCAAAUUGCAAACUAUCCUGUCACAACAACUGUGGCAUCGACCUCCAACCUAGAGAGAACAAUCGAAAGAAAAACAAGUUUGAAAAUGACUAUUAAAACGAUCCCAUCCCAGCCGGUUACUUCGACUCCUAAAACUGGAGUAAAUUUUAGUCAAAAUGAAAUUGACAAGUAUAACAGAAUGCAGUCCGUUCAGUCGAAUUCAAUGCCUUCUAAUACACUUGAUUCUACGAGAAUGGCUGAUCAAAACCAUCCUUUAAUUUCUGUUAAAAAGCGCAAAAAACGUUCAGUAGAAGGAAAACCAUCCGCGUAUAUGUUACAAAUGCUUCAGUUAGCCAAUUCUUCAUCAAUGACUGGUUGCGAAACCUCAAUUAUUACUACUAGCUCUGGUAUUGAUGCUUCUGGAACACCUGGUCAGUCAGAAAUCACUUCCGUUGUACUAAAUAAUCCUAGCUUAAAACAUAUCAAAGGAGCAAACAAAGUAGUCGGUCACGGUUCCGUUUUAGUGAAAAAGGAACGUAAAAGACGAUUAGGACAUGGUUUUACUGAGAAGACCCAAUUUUCUUUUAUUCCAAGUAACAGCACUUAUAAUCAAUUGGCAGAAAUCAACGAAGCUUCAAAUGUGCCAAAGCCAAUUAAAAUAAAUCGUCUUCAGAAACCAAAUACGGAUAUGCCAAGAGACAUUAUUACGGCGUCAGUAGCUAGUACCAAUAUGUAUAGUAAUUACGUAUCGGUGUCACCAAACUCCUUUUCCUCAAAAAAGAAAGUUUCUACAAUUACCUCUUUUUCAGUUGGUUCUAGUGUGACGAGUGGGUCCUGUAGUGAUGAUAUGCUUGUUGCCAAGCGAUUAUUUCCUUCAUCUACUACAUCUCUGGUAAACAAUGAAAAACGCAAAAGAAAUGUUGAUACUCUGAAACAGUCUGUCACUUCUCAGCCUAGUUGUCCCACCUCUAGUACCCCAAGUGAUUCUGCGUUCACUGCGUCUCCACAGUUUGUUCCUGCUAGUUCAGACCCAUCUCCUAAUGGCAAUCCGACGCGUAAAGCACCUCGAUUAUCUCAGAAUUCAGCAGCGAACUCAUCACGGGCGCUAAAUAUCCCUACAAGUCGUAUUCAGUCUAGUUCAGUAUGUAGUACAACAGUCAUGAAUUCCAGUGCAACAACUACAACUAUUGUUAACUCAUCAUCUGGUUUAAUUAAAGGUUAUAAGAUUCCGAAAAAGAAGAGCAUGAUCACCGACGGUUUACCUAACAUCCAAUUACCUGAUGCAAGUAAUGAGAAAUCAUCUGGAAUACUAUCUUCUACACUUCGACAGAUACAAGAAAAUAUUUUGUAUCGUGAUACUCCAGAUUCUCAGUCACCGGAAAGAUCUAAUGAAUCAACUCUAACCAUUGUUGAAAACUUGUACUCAAACUCUAAUGAUCGUAAUAAUGAGUGUACAGAGACCAUAAAUACAAUAUCUCAUGCAAUAACACCACAGUCUAAUACGUCUGCAUCUGGGCAAAUUGCACAAUCAUUUCAACAACAGUUGCCACGUAAGUCUUCAGUAAAAAGCAUUAGUGACAUUGUUGACAAGUUACGAGCAAAGUCAACCACUGGGGUUCCUUCAGUCACUACCCCCACAUUCGUGAGUGGGUCAUCCGAAACCGGGAAUUCGGAUACAACAGUAACUACUGCAUCCGACACUCAAGAGUUGAGUUCUGACGUGACUGAUCAGGUCGGUUGUAUACGUAGUAUGCCUAGAAGAGGUGAUGAAUCUCAAGAGCAAUGGCGAGACAAUAUUUUUGAAAAAUUUUGCCAUAGUGGAACACCGACUCCACAUCAAGUAGAAGCUGGUCAAAACAGUAUGUCCAAACUGGAUUCUGAAGGGGAUUUAGCGGCAUCGAAUGAUGUUGAUGAAGAACCUACUUGGGUUGCUGGCGAUAAAGACACAUCAGUCACUAAUCCUAGUGAACAGUGUAUACCUAUAAGCAGUGCUAAUACGCCUGGUCUUUCUGCAAAUUCUCAAUCUACUUCCGACUCAGAUGGAAAGCAAGACAGAGAACAAUUUGAGAUCAUUAAGGCUAAUACAGAUACUCCAGCAUCACCUACAGAAUUCUUAACCAAUGUGUCAACGCCUACUUCGAAUGUUUCAAGUAAAAUUAUCCCAAUAUCUCCUACAAGUGGAAAGUGUAUUACUUCCCCGAAGUCACUUUCUAGUCCUAAUAUGAAACCCAAUAUAAUACGACAUAACUCUGCACGCUUUGAGAAGAAAACUGGAUCUGGACGUUUUUCUCGAUUAAGUGGAAAUGGAAUGACACUACAUGGAAGCCUUAUUCAACGUAAUAAUUCUGAUAGUUAUGGUCAUCCUGGUAGUGGACAUGGUCAUCCAAAUCGUCUUUUACGUGGUGGACUAAAUAAUCCGCACCAUAGUAAGGCGCCGAAUUUUAAACCACCAACGAAUUGGGGCUCAAUGAACAUGGACUAUAGUAAUAUGGGUGUUUCACCGUCCUCUUCUGCUUCUGCUGCCGCCGCCGCUGCUGCUGCUGCUGCUGGUGCUCCUCCCGUUCCAAACGACGUUAACAAUGGGAAUAUGGGUCAUUGGAUGAUGAAUAAUGGGAAUAUGAAUCCAAACAACUUAAAUAUGAUGCCGUAUAAUAGUCCGCAUUCUUUACCACCUCACCAUCCGUAUCAUUCUGCUCCUAGUAGACCUAUGCGACCGAAUUAUCCUGGCCUUAGUGGAAAUACUGGGCAUAAUUUAUAUAAUGCUGGUAUGAUGCGAGGAAAUAAAAAAUAAACACCUAACUUUUAAACUGUCUUCAUUUUUAAAACCUUUGUGAUUUCUUUAUGUAUAUAUCUUUUGUUUAUUUUUAUAUCCUAACCUUUUAAUUUUAUCAUUUUUUAAUUUCAAACUUUUUUGAAAUAAUAAUUUAAUUGCUGGACUGCUAUGAUCAGAGAGGCAGACAUUGUAACAUAUAACAACGAUUGUAUGCAUUAGGCAAUCGGGCAUAUUUAUAGUCUGGGUGGGGGGUGUGUGGCAAUGAUACUUCAUAGCUCCCCAUCCUUAGAUGUCUUAGAUUGACUUUCAACUCAUUAUGCAUUGGUUGAAAGUCGAAACACUGUGAUCAUAAUGGUGUUCUUUUAAAUUAUACUUACUUUCCUUUUAUUUGUCGUUUGUACUUUUCUCUCAUCCAUCUUUCCAUUAUACUUUUUAUGUGAUCUCAUUUUCAUUUACUCCGGCAAAUAAUAAUAAUAACGAGUCAAUACUAACUGUGAAAUAUUUGUUCAACUUAAACUAAUGGUGUAAAAAAUUAUCUUGAAAGUCAGAGCAAAUAAAUCACUAGUUAGAACCUGUUUAUUUAUUAUUACUCCUUUGAGUUGGAAAUGGAACAUCGGGCUUUAACGGCCUAUGUCCAUUUCGUCCUGUUCUCUGCAGUUUUCCUAAGCUGGUUCCACGAUUGCUCAUGAGGUCUCAUCUCCUUCUCCUCGGACGCCCAACUCUCUGUUUCCCACUUGGCUUCCACUCGACGGCCUUAUACGUGAUUUCACUCAACGGUC